GCCUUUUACUCCUUGCGUACCCUGUAAAGGAAAGGUGAAAUUGUAGACAUUUUGGUUCCGUGACGGUAAAAUACGUCCUUUACUUUUAAAAUAUUGCAAGUUUCCCGUGAAAAGGAGUUAUAUUCAUUUGACAUUUUAUAUACGUCGACGCGCCGUGAUGUGGCAUUAGUCGUCGGGAGUAGACAGCACAAACACUCGGGGUAAUAAUGGCGACUUUAUUUCCUUGUUGUGGCAGUGAUGUGCAGGUUAAACAGGGCUCCUGCAUGUCAUGAACAUCAGUGAGUAUGGACGCGUGGGGCGCAGUCGUCGCAGCAGAUAAUGAGCGAUCAAGCUCCGAGGGCGAGUACGUGGUCGACCCCGGUGCUGGACAUGAAGCCCAGAGGACGGCGGAGGGAGCGUUUCGCAGGCCCCCGGAGAGGAUGGACGAUGGGGGCUCGGGUGUGGGACCUGGGCAGGGCGAAGUGGUGUUGGGACGGCUUGCAAGUCAGAAGGACGACAAGGAACUUCGCUACUUGCACCUGUUGUGGGAGCCCGGGCGAGCCGAGGCCGGACCCGGCGGUGUGACCAGCAAGCUGGGGAAGAUGACCGGGAGCAGGGCCAGGCGGUGCCACCGAGCCACACGGAAUCCGAUUGGUAAAGAUAUCUACGCUGUGAAGAGACUGAGGGAAGCAGCCAACAGCAAUGACAUCGACACAGUUCGGAAGCUCCUGCAGGAUGACAUCGACCCCUGUGCUGCUGAUGACAAGGGAAGGACAGCCUUACAUUUCUCUUCCUGUAAUGGCAACGAGAGCAUCGUGCAGUUACUGCUGAGCCAUGGCGCUGACCCCAACCAGCGUGACAGUCUGGGUAACACCCCACUCCACUUGGCGGCCUGUACAAACCACGUGCCUGUCAUCACCACAUUGCUGAGAGGAGGGUCCCGCGUGGAUGCCCUCGACCGAGCGGGUCGGACCCCUCUACACCUCGCACGCUCCAAACUGAACAUUCUGCAGGAAGGAGAUUCCCGGAGCUUAGAAACCCUGAGAGGAGAAGUGACACAGAUUAUACAAAUGCUGAGGGAAUAUCUAAAUUUAAUGGGCCAAAGUGAAGCUAAAGAGAGACUGGAGCAUAUUUCGACACAGCUGCAACACACACGAACCAAAGAGCAAGUGGAUGAGGUGACCGAUUUACUGGCCAGCUUCACUUCACUCAGCCUACAGAAACAGAAUUUGGGAGACAGGUAGAGGACAAAGAAGUGGUUUCUUUGUUGCUUUUUCAAGCAAACCUCUAUCCUGAAUACCGAUACCACUUCUCACAAUCUGGACUACAAUUCAGAUUACAGUACCAUUUCUUUCAUGUAAUUAACACACAAUUGAGUAAAGUAUAAAAUUGAAAAUUUUAAGUAUGUUAUUUUACAUUGUAAAAUCAGGAAGAAAACACAAGUGUUGUUGCUGAUCUCAAAUGUAUUCCUGUCUGAAAGUUGUCCAACAGGUGCUAAUUAUAUUUUUGUAGUUGGUAGUAGAUUUUGUGGAACAGUCUGAACUAUUGCAAACUUGGCAUUAAUUUAUCCAAAACAACAAUGUUUCUAUUCUCUUCUCCAUUUGUCUUGUAUUAGUGGACCAAAGCUUUCCCUAUCCCUUUCUAAAACGCCUCAAUUUGUCCGUCACAUAAAUUCUGUUUUCAGACUAAACUCUUGACUAAUUAAUUUAGAGGGCGCAUCAUGAAGCUACCUCCAGUUGUGCCAAAAAAGUAACAGUAAUUAUUUAUUCUUUCGGGGCUUCUGACUGUUCAGCAGCAGAAAGUAAAUAUGUAUCAUUUUAAAUUGGUUUGAAUGCAUUGUUCCUGGUUUCAUGCAGUUAAUUUGCCAACAAUCCCAUUGGACUUUAAAUGCAGCAGGCACAACAGACUGGAAGGUGGAGGACAGAUUCAGUCCAAAAGACUUGCCUUUGUUUUAUCGUCAUGCAUAUUGUACUGUAACUAUGUGAGCAGGCAGUUUUAAUGUUUGACUUGUUUUUUCUUUAUCACAGGAAACUUGCAAUGACUCUAUUUGUAUUGCAUGUUGAUGUUUAAAGGGGGACUACACUUUUUUGGGGGAAACUUUGCCCAUCAUUCACAAUGCCUAUGUAGGACAAGGACACAUAUUUUCUUUUUAUUAUGCAUUCUAAUCAUAAAUAAACUUUAGCCGAAUUCAGCUCACAAUGGGGUUAAUUGGAGCGCCACUAUUCCGCUCACUAAGCCCUUUUAAAAAACAUCCAAAAACUGCCAACAAUACUCCAUUUACAUUUUGUGACCUAAUCAUUAACAAAGUAUUAGCAAUAUUGCUAUUAUAAGCGCUAACGUUAAGGACCUGUUUUAACGGCGCAUUGAUCACGGAGCGGUAACUAGCUUAUGCUGCUAUGUUGACGUCAUGAUCUGGAGAGCUGCUCUCUCCCCGCUGAGCCAGAAUUCUCGAUUAUAAAUCAUGACUCUCACCUAGACAGUAGAAAGUUGUGGCCAUAAACUGAGAAGUUGCUCAACUUUGACAGCCACCUUUUUUUUUACCUUUCGCCAGCAUUAUGUCAUCUAAACGAGGACAUAUAAAUAUGUGAGAGCAGACAUUGUACAGUAAGUGUUUAUUGGCUCUCCUGAAGUCUGCAUAAACGCAGUAGUAAGUGUUGUUAAGGGAAAAAGCAAACUUUCUGAUGCAUCUAUUAUAUUAAUAGGCUGCCUUUUGCCUAAAAUGAUCAAAAUUGGUAAAUAUUACAUGUUAACGUGAAUGUGGCUGUUCCUACAUUACAUAUACAGUUGCGAUCAAAAGUUUUCAAGGAACAUAAUGUCAUGGCUGUCUUGAGUUUCCAAUAAUUUCUACAACUCUUAUUUGUUUGUGGUAGAUUGAUUGGAGCACAUACUUGUUG